GUGUCUUCCCGAAGCGGACAGUGCGCCCUGACCCGUUGAAACAAGCGGUUGGCCUCGUGGUACUAUUCGCGAUCGCGUUUCUACACAGUGUGCUUGAAACGAUGAAUGAAAAUGUACCAUCGCCCCUACUCUUAGUGCCGCAAGGGUUGAACUUUAACGCGACCUGUUUACACACCCGAUGACCUCGUGUUUACGCGUGAAUUUCAAAUCCAAAGUCGUCGGUUCCACGUUUACGUUUAUAUGUAUAUCGUUCGUAGAUACAUCGUGAUUUACGGCCAAACAGAACUAACAAAGUCCAAAGGACUACUUUUCUGCUCGAAUGUUCGUUCUUCGUCGUUCUAAUCGAAGAGGAUGAUCGUGCGGUUGGCCGAUGUCGAAGCGAACGACAAACGUCGGCGGGAAGGUGAGUUUCCGGUUGAAACGCGGUAAAAGUGUUUGGAGGAUGUUCAUCUCGGGAAGGUGGCUUUCGAAGAGUGUUUUCAUCGGUAUUUGGAUCUCGGUAUCGUUUCUGUGGCGUUGAAAAGCCGACGACUUUGACGUGGACGUUUCUCUGCAAAGAUAACACGGUGUAUAUCGUCGAGAGGGAACUAGGCUGCGAAUCGAAAGCAAGGAGCAAGGCAUAUUAGGAUAAAACCUUGUUCCAGCCAUCGUUUAACUCGACAAGUUGCCGCGACCUGUGCAACGCGAAUUCUAAUGUUGUACAGUGGACGGACCGCGUGUGAUCGUCGUGAAAUUAAACGUCGAAAUUAAGCGACGAAAUUGAACUCGACGAGAAAAUGACGCUUCGUUGAGGAAACGGAGACGUUCGAACGAAUCUUGCUUGAACGAAGAACGCUGGAAACCACUUUGGUCAACGAUGGACUGGAUUCAACGAUCGUGGUCGAUCGGCACGAGUACACAGCCAUUGAGCAGGAUCCUCUGUCGCACACCUGUGCCAAAUCGUAUAAAAACACCUGCUGCCCAAAGAAGAUCUCACUCGAGGGCCCAAAAGGUACGUCUACUAUCCAUCGAGGAGUAUCCUGAAUAACGAAAUCGAUAUCGACGCUCUUAAACGCUCUAUGAUAAAACGAGCGUUGUACGCUUAACCAACGGGAGAGAAAGAAUCCAUACGAACGCUCUUCUAUACUGUUUAUGUAUCCAUCAGCCUCAGAUCGAAGUAGAAAAAGGUGUAGGGGGUCAGUUUAAUCGACGGUAGCAGAAGCAAAAGCAAAAGCAAAAGCAAAAACAGCCGAACAGCUCGACGGAAUACACGGUAUCUUCGUACCAAGUUGACAGAUUAUAGGCUAUAUUGCGAUAAGGUAUCGUAAGACCAAAUCCGCGUGGGCAGGCGGCAUUCUCCACGGCCAUGACCGAGUGAAGUAGCCGGGGAUCGUCAGACACGUGGUCCACCACCAUGUUGAACGUAAUGGCAGCGGUGACGACAAGUCUACCUAGUCGAGUAGAUCCGACACCGACAUCUUCCAGCAAUGCCAGCGCUGCAUCGAGCACCGCGCCGAAUAACGUGACGUCAGUUCCUGUGGAGAAUCCAACGGUUGAAAAUCUACCCGAGAACGUGAACGUGUUCGUAGUUGUGAUCAAGGGUAUCAUUAUGGGCGGUAUCAUCACGACGGCAGUGCUAGGCAACGCUCUGGUGAUCGCCAGCGUGAGAAGACACAGAAGAUUGCGCGUGGUAACGAACUGUUACGUGGUGAGCUUGGCAGCGGCUGACCUCUUGGUGGCCAUGUGCGCGAUGACGUUCAACGCCUCUGCUGAAUUGUCCGGAGGCAAAUGGUUGUUCGGUCGGUUCAUGUGCGACGUGUGGAACUCGUUGGACGUUUACUUCUCCACGGCCUCGAUACUUCACCUGUGCUGCAUCAGCGUGGAUAGAUAUUACGCUAUUGUCAGCCCGCUCGAGUAUACAGUGAUCAUGAGACAAGGGACUGUGGGAUGUAUGCUGGGUAGCGCAUGGAUUUUACCGGCUUUGAUCAGCUUCAUACCGAUCUUCAUGGGUUGGUACACCACGCAGGAACAUUUGGAUUAUAUGAUGAAAAAUCCACAGGUCUGCUCGUUUGUGGUGAACCGGCCGUACGCUGUGAUCAGUUCGUGCGUCUCCUUCUGGAUCCCUGGCUUGGUGAUGAUAGUGAUGUACUGUAAGAUCUACAAGGAGGCUGUCAGACAGAGAAAGGCGCUCAGCAGGACGUCCAGCAACAUCGUGCUAAACAGCGUGCAUCAUCACAGGUCCUCGACCAGACAACACCAUCAUCAGCAGAUGCUGCUUCAAGCGGCGGCCGAAACCGGAAAUGGCUAGAAUUAGAGCAGGCUAACGGGACCAACAAACUAAGCACACAGAAGGAGGCAAAAGAAUUUUUAUGUUCUUUAGAGUUAUCAUGUAAAUUGAUUUUGUCUGCUUUAUUACGAGCAUCCGAACGAUCUAUAUCUGCUUAUAAUAAUAUUAUUACAUUGCUAUCAGCUCACGUUCUUAAUAUAAUGCUACAUUGUAUCGUAUCUCUCUUCACAUUGCUGUGUUACGUACGGUAUGAUAUCACGUUGAUCGUACUAUUCGUCAUACUAUUAUUAUCAUGUCAAUUAUCUCGUAUUUUAUAUUAUUACAUAAAACACGUAAAGUACGUAAUUAUUUUGUUUUCUAUUUUUAAUUUAUUUCAACGUAAAUAAAUAUAUAAUGUUUAUGUAUCUUUCUUCACCAUCACGUACAAACUAAUUGCUAUAGGUACCUACUUUCCGGUAUCAGCAACAUAGUAAUAUAUUCGUCGUUAAAAGUAUUCCAGCCUAUUUGCCUAAUCCCCGUCUGAAACAGAUGUAUAUAUAUAGAAGAGAUACUGAUCAGACCAAGAGAAAAAUUAGUCAUUUCCGAAACGUUCUACCGAGUUCUACCAAACUUUUCGUAAAAUUCGCAAUAUAUCGAAACGAUUAUCUUUAUAAUAAUCCCUAUCGUACAUAAUUAGAUAGCUAAGUUGUAAAUAAAAAAAAAUUAUCAAGCAAGAAAAUCAAUUCAGCAACAAUAAUAUUAAGUCAAACCAUUCGUUAUAUCUAUUAGAAGCCCCGUUUAAACCAAUUCUUCUUACUAAUUGCAAAGGAAAGAAAUUUGUUUGUUUGUUAAUGUAUAAUAAAUAGUACAAACAACACGAAACCAAGAAAAGUUAACUUUGAUUGAUUCGACGUUGACUAAUCAGAUUACAGGCGUAGAUCAUAGAUAGCGCAUGAUCAUAGUACGAUCAUAGCGAGUGUAGUGAAGAUUCAAGGUCUAGAUCACUCGACAGCAUAGCAGAUACCGCGUGAGAAAUGCGCGUUCGAAAAUGGAGAUGCGAAGCUUCAAUGGGCGUAAUUAAUGGCACACGAAAUGCCGUAGUUCCGGCGGAAAUGUGAAUAGGCACACGGACGACGUGGAUAUCGGGGGGACUGGCUCGAUUUCCUGCGUAAUAUGCAUGUUCGAUGGAGGUUUAUCGACGACCGAGGACCGAUGGCCGUUUUCUGUCAUCUUCUCCCUGAAAAUUGACGAUUCUUUGAAAGUAUCAGCGAAAAUUUGGUAUGAAGUGGUAUGUCAUGAUAGGUGCGGAAGGAAUACUCAGAUGUUCAACAAAAACGUUUAUUGACUUUUUAACAACUGACGACAAAUAACAAUUAACAACAAGCAACGAUUGACAACAGUUAACGAUUAACAACGCUUGAUAACAGACAAUAGUUAAUGCUGGUUAUCGAAAGUCGACUACUCGUCUCUCUACGUUCGCUUCGCGUAAUCGCUUUCGCACUUCGCAGCUCGGGGCAGACUGAAUCUCUUUUAUUCAAAAGCCACGCCGAUUCUUUUCUUUGUUGGCAAUCGAUAUCGCGCGCGUUUGUUAGAAGUCCGCGACGAUUGCCGCGUAUGCGUACUCCCGAAAAUUCGGCGAAAGAGCCGUAGGGAUAUCGAUGGCACAUAAGGCUUGUCGGCAUAGCGCUUUUAGGAUAAAGCGCUUUGUGCCGCGAAACCGUUGGGAAUUUCCGAGGUCGAGUGCCACCACAGGUAUAAUGGGAGUGGUUAUCGUGAGUAACGAGAAGGUAUUCGAACGGUCUAUACUAUAUAUAUAUAUAUAUAUAUAUAUAUAUAUAUAUAUAUAUAUAUAUAUAUAUAUAUAAAUUAUAUGGAUUGGGAUUCGUUGAAAGUGGCUCGCCAAAGCUUAUAUCAUGCGCAUUAUUCGAAACUUUUCGACACUUCGUUAGCAUUGUAACGAGUUAAAAAAUUACAAGGUACUUAUUUUUCUUCAACUUAUUAUCCACUUAUCUUUCCACUUAUUAUUACUCGAUUACGACUUGAUAAAAUUUACUUUUUUACCUUCUACAGUUAAAGACGGUUAUACGACCAACAAUCGUUCUUAACUGCGUUACACCAGCAAGCUUAUUAGGCUUUGUCUUCACACUGUACUUGUUGACAUUCUUGUAACCGCGAUGAAUUCGAAGGAAGCAGAUUAUAACAUUCGUUGCGUGUGGUCGUCGCAAGAAAUUUGAUCAUCCCUAAUGAAACUUUUAAGAUGAGACGAUAAAAGACGAUAAAAGACGAUGGAAUCUAUAGCGUAGCGAAUUUUGUGUUAGUAAAUUUUACUGACAGCUAUAUCAGACCACGAGAGGACGAAUACGAAAGAUUCGUUUGUGAUCCUUCUGUUAAUAUGUGGCCGAUUAAAUUAAAAGGAUUUUAUUAAUAAUCAGCAUUGACUAACCGAUUCAACUAUUGCCGGGAGAUGUAACACCAGUGGCUUUCGACCCAGGAUUGUCCGACUCUUUCGUUAGAACCCGGCCUUACAUUUCUUAUUACUCCUCCCUUAUCGAUACGGUUAGCUGAUUGCAUCUAUCUCCAGCUGACAAGUUCUAGAUGUCCGAUUUUGCGUUUGACACCUGGCAACCUGGGAUUAUGAAGUUCGCUCGGAGAAUACGGUUCUAGGUCGGGGCGAAGGAUUUUGCAAGCCGGAUUCUGCCUUUUCCCUAUUACGGCAGGUGGUUUCGGGCAAUGCUGUUUCGGAUAAACUACGUCAGAUCCGCCGGAUGACGAGAAGCCGGAUUGUUUGCGGAUAGAAUGUUUGUGUGGUUGGACUUUACGGUAAACGGAGCGAGCGAUAAGUUGCGAAACUCGGCGAGUUCAUUUGGGACAGAAGCAGAAGUUAGAUCGUUUGGAGCAUAGAUCGUAGUGGAGAAAUUUCAGCUGCUACUGCAUUCCAAUUAUUUAUUACUCGUUGUCGCUUCCUCUCAUCCUUAUUCUUUCCCUAUAUUUUCCAUGAAAAUGUUAGCCAAAUUCUUCUUCUACAACUUGAAUGUUAUAAAAAGCAAUUCUAUCGUAGUAACUGACUACAGGUUGCUGGUAUCGGGUGAAGUUGGAAAGAGUAAGUUGAUUUUGAAAAAGGUAAGCCCAUCGUUAAUUACCCAUUAAUUCGUUAUUAAAAUAUUUCUGUCGUCUUUCAAUUUCUUCAAUAACAUAUGGAUACAACACCGGACGUUGUUAAGCUAAUAACGAUAGUACGAAAAGUACUCUGUUAUCCGAAAUUUCCAUCUCGGAAAACCGUCAAACCAAUCGUUAUCGCGUUAUUGCCUUUCCCACGAACGUAAACAUAUACGCAUAUACACAUGAAAUAUCAAAUAUUCAUGAAGAGACCGAAGAGAACGUUACUUCCUCCGCGUAAUUCCACUUCAGACGAGUAUAUACAUUAUUGAAGGCCAGGUCGUUGACUGUUUGCGUUUUGCUUCGAAUACCCGGAGAGAAAGACGUUUUUCGGCCAAGCUAAAUAUGCGUACAACUUGUCUCGCCCGGUGCUCCAACCACCGUUGUUUGCUUUAAUGUUAAAACCGUACCCUGUCGCUCUGAACAGGAGGAACGUCUAUGCGAAAAGUUUGCACGUGCGUAUCCGCCUAUCGUACAUCCGGCCAUCUUUCUUCUCUUCCUUUCCUUCUCUUUUCUUCUCUUUCCUUCUCUUUCCUUCUCUUUUCUUCUAUUUUAUUCUCUUUUCUUCGCGUGCAAUUAUCUUCCAACAUAGGUUCGCAGACGUUCAAAUUGCCCAAAGCACGGAAUUCACGUUCCUAGAAGUUUGGUUGAAAUUAAUUAACUGAAAUUAAGACAAAUGUUUCCCUUCGUCGCGAACGAAUAGUUCUAAUAACGUUGCGCACGAUGCGUACGAGCAAAGUAUCUGACAAAACGAAUCCAUGUCGUAUACUAGAGUUGAUCCACGAGUAAAAAAAUUGGCAUUGUCCUUGUCUUUUCUUUCCAUUAAUUACGAACUGUUUGAAUAUCGAAAGACAAUGGUAUCUGGAGUUUUGUUCAAAACGCUUCUAUCGCUGUUAAGAAUAUUAAAAUUGUGUUAUCUUUUUAAAAUAUUAAUAUACAACAUUGAGAUCGAACCGAUUGGAUUUGUGAUUUGUAUGUAUAUCAUUAAUAUGCGUGGCAAAUGUGCAGAAUAUUUCACGUAACUAAUAUCUCAUGGAGCGGUCAUAACUUUGAAACGAUUAAACAUAGAAGUAUCUUUUUUUUUUCUUCAACGGAGCGAUAUAUAUGUCGGGUUGACGUUAAGAUUAGAGUUAGGGUUAAGGGCGUGAAACGA